CACACACACACACUCACACACACACACUCACACACACACACGCAGCCCAUUUCCACUUCCCAACUCUUCCAACUCUCCUGCACCUCUCUCUGUCUCUCCCCCAUCUCCCUCUCCCCCAUCUCCCUCUCCCCCAUCUCCCUCCAGCUCUCUUUUGAUUGGCGAUGAGCGUGCACGACUCUUUGGCGUUUGUGGCGGAGCUACCACCAAGCACUGCCGCGACGAAACACCCAAACUUGGACGUGAUCAAGGGCCACGUGGUUGAGUGCCGGCGCUGUAUCUCGUCCCUCGCCCAUGCCGUAACAACAACGACGACGACGACAACAACGACGACGACAACGACAACGACAACGACAGACAGCAACGACAGCAGCGCCAAACCAUCACCAUCACCAUGUGGCGUGCUGUCGCUCGAGCCCGAUCCCGAUGUCGCCGAGGGCUACGCAUACACGCUGCAGCUGCAACCACAAUUCGGAAGCCUGUACGCGGCGGGAACAGAGGCGUGCCCAAAGAUUGCCACCGUCUACUUGCCUCCGGCCUACCCGGAGCUGGCCCCUGCCCUGCGCUUCCGCUCCAUCAUGCGCCACGCCAAUGUCUUGCAGAACACGUUUGUUGCCGACAACCUCAUCGACUACUGGCUCAGGCACGGGUGUGCCGAGUGUGAGGUGCCAGCCCUCACCGACGUCUUCGACUUUGAGCACGCGUCCUCCAGCAACGCUUUGCUCGGGGUGAUCGCCUUGGCCUUUGUCAUGCUGCACGCACCGGCGCCAGAGCCACCACACCCGCUCGUGGACGCCCCGGUGGCAGACCUCCUUCACCUGUGGACGACGCACCGCGACCAGUGCGCCUGCCCGCUCUCUGCGUGCAUGCCGUGCUUGCCCAGCGAAAUGCGCGCCCUCCUCGCGGAGGACAACAACCACAGCCGCGGCCACAGCAACGACCACGACCACGACCACGAUGAGAACUGCAGCCAUCAUCACCAUCAUCACCAUGACAGCAGCGACGGCUGCCCUCCUUUGCAUCUGCCGCAGCGUGCGCAAGAGCUGAUCCUUGUGUUCCGGCGCAACCUGGCUGCCCUUCCCCAGUACAUGUACGAGGCAAUGGCCGAGCUGCAGUAUGACAGGGACCGCACUGCCCAGGUGUGGCGACAGCAGACGCAGCAACCAAACCUGUAUCGCCCCUCCGCUCCCCUUCAUCUCCUCCCCCAAGGUGCUCUCAACACCCUGCCACCCACGGACCCCCACCAUGAUCAGGCUGAUGCCGGCCACCCAACGCCAGCUGCAAAACGUUCUUCUUCUUCUUCUUCUUCUUCUUCUUCUUCAUCUACAGCGCAACUCACAGCACCGCAGCAACAAACGCCACAACAGACACAGCAACAACCACAAGCACAAUCACCACAACUGUCGUCGCUGUCUCCCUCGGUGUAUGUUGAGAGCACCAUGUGGCAGCAGGGAGCGCUUGCCCGCGACGUGUUGCAAGAGUGGCUCGAUCCAUCACUGUUUGAUGCGCUCUGCAGCAACGACCGACCUGCUGCACUCCGCGCACUGGCCACGUGCAAGGACAGCGAGCACCUGGGCUGUGUGUUUUCGCUGCCGUUUCUCCGUGCCGACGCCUGUGACCGUCUGGACCGGGAGGUUCACGCGUAUGAGCAGUCGAGCCUGCCCAAGAUGCGUCCAAACUCAAUGAACAACUACGGGCUUGUGCUGGACGACAUCGGGUUGGAGCCCUUGUUUGACUUGUUUGCAGCUCAGGUGGCGCAGCCGCUAGCGUCAGUGCUGCUGCCAGAGACGGCACACGGCAACCUGCCACUGGACAACCACCACGCCUUUGUUGUGCAAUAUCGGCCGGAACAGGACCGCCACCUGGACAUGCACGUGGAUGACAGUGACGUCACCAUCAACGUGAACCUCUGUGAUGCUUUCCAGGGCUCGGAGCUCCAAUUCUGCGGCGCCCUGCACCGCCCCAACCACCGCAAGCACACGCUCACAUACAAGCACGUGAAGGGCCGUGCUGUUAUCCACCCGGGCAGUGUUCGCCACGGCGCUGACGCAAUCACAGACGGGUACCGCUCCAACCUCAUUCUGUGGUGUCGUGCAUCACGCUAUCGUGUCACACCGCAGUGGCGACAACUGCACAUGCGGCACGCUGAGGAGGGUGCGCCAGACACCAUCUGCCUCUCUCGCACACAUGACCGCGACUUCCACGUGCACGCUGACGACGACGGUGGUGAGGAGCACCAUGAUGGUUCCGAGACGCCAGCUGAAGCAUAAGCAACGCGCUUUGCAAAUGUUACACCUCGGGUGAUCAUCAGAAGCUCCGCUUGUUGUAUUUGUGUGUGUGUGUGUGUGUCUGUCUGUGUCUGUGUCUGUGUCUGUCUGUCUGUGAGGAGAGUUUCCUUUUUGGCCAUUGGUGUAACGCUUGCUUGCGUGUUGAAUCUGAACAGUGGUGCUUGCGUUCUCGCACACGCUUCCUUUCCUUUCCCUCCCCCCUCCUGCCAUCCUUUACUCUCUAUGCCGAUCGUCUGAGCUGGCCUUGUCGUCUAAUCGCCUCCAUCACAUACAAGCAAACAAGUGGUGAACCUGCCACCUUCAAAAAGC